AUGGAUAGUUCAGAAACUGAAUCUUACGCGUCAGACAAGAUAAGCAAUACACAAGAUUCAUCCCUAGAUGAGUUGUUUAGUCAGCUACUGGAGGAACUUCAUAAAGAAACUCCCAAAGAAGAUUUCAAAAGCAUAGAAGCAUCUAUUAGAAAACUUCCCAAACUCGAGUCCAAUUUCGGCAAUGUACCCCAAAAUAAGGCUAAAGUAGUUAGGAUACAUGAUCCAGUAGCUGCUGCCGCCACCACCAAGAAACAAGACGACACAAGUGGCUCAGGUUGGUUCAAUAUGUCGCGUCCUGAACUUACUUCAUCAAUCAAGCGUGAUUUACAAAUUAUUAAACAAAGACAAGCGUUGGACCCAAAACGUCAUUAUAAGAAGGAGAAAUGGCAGAUUCCAAAAUAUUUCCAAAUGGGAACUAUUGUUGAAGGUAAUACGGGAUAUUACAACAAGUUGACCAAAAAACAAAAGGGAACAAAUUUGGUUGAAGAAUUGUUACAUGAUGAUAAUACAAAGAAAUAUUUUAAGAGAAAGUAUCAUGAAAUUCAACAACAGAAAACGAGUGGUAAAAAGAGUCAUUACAAAAAAGUUAGAAGUGAUCGCAAAAAAUUUUGA